AGUAAGCACUCUAUACUCUAUAUCCGCAAGUCAAAGUUUAUUUAACUAUGUGAAAUCGGAUUUGCAUUCAUUAAAAUAUAUAACUGAAAUAUUUUUGAUCGUUGUUAGGUGUAUCAGCAAAUAUAAAUGUAAACGGGAGAGUAACAAUGAAGUGUAUAUGGGACUUUAAAUGAAUUAAAAAGGUUACAAGUUUCAGUGUUUGUUAGUUAAAAAAUAUCCGUCGCAAUGAUGAAAAGUACUUUGCCUAAAGAUAAACCUGGCAAGAUGAGGAUCAGGGCUUUUCCCAUGACUAUGGAUGAAAAGUAUGUGGAGAGUAUAUGGAGUUUAUUAAAAAAUGCAAUACAAGAAAUUCAAAAGAAAAACAAUUCAGGCCUUUCAUUUGAAGAGUUGUACCGAAAUGCAUAUACAAUGGUACUGCAUAAGCAUGGCGAAAGAUUGUACACUGGUCUAAAGGAAGUGGUCACUCAUCACCUUGAAACCAAGGUCCGUGAAGAUGUUCUACACUCCUUACACAAUGGAUUUCUACAAACUCUCAAUAGUGCUUGGACAGAUCAUCAAACCAGCAUGGUGAUGAUAAGAGAUAUACUGAUGUACAUGGACAGAGUGUAUGUACAGCAGAAUGAUGUGGAUAAUGUUUAUAAUCUAGGGCUCAUUAUUUUUAGAGAUCAGGUGGUGCGUUAUGGCUGUAUUAGAGACCACUUACGACAAACCUUGUUGGAACUAGUCGCGCGCGAACGACGAGGAGAAGUAGUUGAUCGUCUAGCUAUCAGAAACGCCUGCCAAAUGCUCAUGGUACUAGGUAUCAACUCUAGAGCUGUUUAUGAGGAGGACUUUGAAAAACCUUUUCUACAUCAGUCUGCUGAGUUUUAUCGGAUGGAAUCUCAGAAGUUCUUGGCGGAGAACAGCGCGGCGGUGUACAUAGCGCGCGUGGAGGCGCGCAUCAGCGAGGAGGCGGAGCGCGCGCGGCACUACCUCGACGAGAGCACGGAGCCGCGGGUCGUGGCCGUGCUCGAGCACGAGCUCAUCGAGCGCCACAUGAAGACCAUCGUUGAGAUGGAGAACUCGGGCGUGGUGCACAUGCUGCUGCACACGCGCACGGUGGAGCUGGCGUGCGUGUACAAGCUGCUGUCGCGCGUGGCGGAGGGGCUGCGCACGGUGGCGGACGCGGUGUCGGCGCACCUGCGCGAGCAGGGCCGCGCGCUCGUCACCGACACGCACCACAACACCAACGCCAUCGCCUACGUGCAGAACCUUCUGGAUCUUAAAGAUAGAUUUGAUCAUUUCCUUCACAACUCAUUCAACAACGAUAAAAUAUUCAAGCAUAUGAUCGCAUCAGACUUUGAAUAUUUCCUGAAUCUAAAUAACAAGUCACCUGAAUUCCUAUCACUGUUUAUUGAUGGAAAAUUGAAGAAAGGUGAAAAAGGCAUGAGUGAGCAAGAAAUCGAAGCUGUAUUAGAUAAAACGAUGGUGCUCUUCCGAUUCCUGCAAGAAAAAGAUGUGUUUGAGCGUUACUAUAAACAACAUCUUGCGAAACGUCUUCUCUUAAAUAAAUCUGUAUCUGACGACAGCGAGAAAAACAUGAUCUCUAAAUUAAAGACUGAAUGCGGUUGUCAGUUUACAUCGAAGCUGGAGGGUAUGUUCAAAGACAUGACGGUGUCCAACACCAUCAUGGAGGAGUUCAAGGAGCAUGUGAUAUCAUCUGGGAGCAAUCUGCACGGCGUGGACCUAUCAGUGCGUGUGCUGACGACGGGCUUCUGGCCCACACAGAGCGCCACGCCCAAGUGCAACAUACCCGCCGCGCCCAGGAUGGCCUUCGAAGUGUUCCGCAGCUUCUACCUCGCGAAGCACUCCGGGCGGCAGCUGUCGCUGCAGCCGCAACUGGGCAGCGCGGACCUGCACGCGACGUUCCGCGGCGCGAGCGGCAGCUCCCCGCCCCGCUCGCCGCCGCACGCCUCCCCCGCGCCCGCGCCCGCCGCCCCCGCCCCCGCCCCCGCGCACCCCGCGCCGCGCAGGCACAUCAUACAGGUGUCCACGUUCCAGAUGUGCGUGCUGCUGCUGUUCAAUAAGCGCGAUCGGCUCACUUAUGAGGAAAUACUCAAUGAGACUGAUAUACCAGAGAAGGAUUUAGUGCGCGCAUUGCAGUCGUUAGCCAUGGGUAAGCCCACACAACGAGUGCUGAUCAAACAUCCCAAAACCAAGGAGAUAGAGCCCUCUCACCAAUUCUACGUAAAUGAUGCAUUCACGUCCAAAUUACACAGGGUAAAGAUCCAAACGGUGGCGGCUAAAGGCGAGUCGGAGCCGGAGCGGCGCGAGACCCGCAACAAGGUGGACGAGGACCGCAAGCACGAGAUCGAGGCGGCCAUCGUGCGCAUCAUGAAGGCCAGGAAGAAGAUGGCGCACACCCUGCUGGUGGCGGAAGUGACGGAGCAGCUGCGCGCGCGCUUCCUGCCGUCGCCCGUCGUCAUCAAGAAGCGCAUCGAGGGGCUCAUCGAGCGCGAGUACCUGGCGCGCACGCCCGACGACCGCAAGGUGUACACCUACGUCGCAUAG